AUGCAACUCGCAACGACGUCGUUUAUGCACAAAGCAGUGUCACCUCCAGCUCUCUACGCCCUUCCAAUUCCAACCAGAAACCUCCCCUCCCGCUUUCUCUGCUGCUCCAAUCCGAGCACCGCCGCCGCCUCCGCCUCCACCUCAUGGUCUCCGCCUCCGGUUCCGGCGACCACAGGUACGGCACCGCCGGUCGUGAAGCGGAGGACGAGGUACCGGAAGCAGUACCCGGGGGAGAGCAAAGGCAUCACGGAAGAGAUGAGAUUCGUCGCCAUGAGGCUCCGUAACAGAAACGGCAAGAAAAUCGACUCUCAGUCCGACGGUGACAACACUCAGAGCGAGAGUGACGAUAAUGCCCCUGACGAGAGUGAUGCUGAUGCUUCCGAAUCCGACGGCGAGAAGGAGACGUGGCAGCCUAGCCUGCAAGGGUUUCUGAGGUACCUGGUGGACAGUAAGCUCGUGUUUGACACCGUGGAGCGCAUUGUUGAUGACUCAAACGACGUCGCUUACGCAUAUUUCAGGAUGACUGGAUUGGAGAGAUCAGAAGCGAUUUCGAGAGAUUUGGAGUGGUUUGGGGAACAAGGCAAUGUGAUUCCGGAACCCAGCAAUGCUGGAGUUUCGUAUGCAAAGUAUCUGAAAGAGCUUUCUGAAACUUCAGCACCAAUAUUCCUAUGCCACUUUUAUAACAUUUACUUUUCACAUAUCUCUGGUGGGCAGGUCAUUUCAAGACAGGUAUCUGAGAGGCUACUUGGAGGAAGGGAGUUGGAGUUUUGCACAUGGGAGGGCGAUGUGCCAGAGUUGAUAAGAGGUGUUCGCGAGAAGCUCAACAAGCUUGGAGAGCACUGGAGUCGAGAUGACAAAAACAAAUGCUUAAGAGAAACUACCAAGUCAUUCCGGUCUCUUGGGCAGAUAGUUCGCCUGAUCAUCUUAGAAACCAAGUGAUCUCAAAUUAAUAGCUCAGAAGUUCACUCAUGGUAGCAUGUUUCUAUUGUCGACUUGUAUUUGUGCAAGGUGGUUUGUCACCAAACUGAAGUAGGAUGCAUCUCCGGAAAGAACAUCGUCUCUCCUGGAAAUUUGAAGGGCUGCACAGCACAACAAGUACAUUCUAUUUCUGAGCCUCAUUGUGCAGAGCAGGAACUUUGUUUUUCUCCCUCUUUCUGG